AUGGAGCCCCCGCGCGCGCCCGCGCUGCGCCGCCUGCUGCCGCCGCUGCUGCUCCUGCUGCUGCCGCUGCCCCUCCGCGCCCGGGCCAAGUACGUGCGGGGCAACCUCAGCUCCAAGGAGGACUGGGUAUUCCUGACGAGAUUUUGCUUUCUCUCGGAUUACGGCCGACUGGACUUUCGUUUCCGCUACCCCGAGGCCAAAUGCUGCCAGAACAUCCUCCUCUAUUUUGAUGACCCAUCCCAGUGGCCAGCUGUGUACAAGGCAGGGGACAAGGACUGCCUGGCCAAGGAGUCGGUGAUCAGGCCGGAGAACAACCAGGUCAUCAACCUCACCACCCAGUAUGCCUGGUCAGGCUGUCAGGUGGUGUCAGAGGAGGGAACCCACUACCUGAGCUGCUCCAGCGGUCGCAGCUUCCGCUCAGUGCGUGAAAGGUGGUGGUACAUCGCGCUCAGCAAGUGUGGGGGAGAUGGGCUGCAGCUGGAGUACGAGAUGGUCCUGACCAACGGCAAGUCCUUCUGGACACGGCACUUCUCUGCUGAUGAGUUCGGGAUCCUGGAGACAGAUGUGACUUUUCUUCUCAUCUUCAUCCUCAUCUUCUUUCUCUCCUGUUACUUUGGAUAUUUGCUGAAAGCUCGUCAGUUGCUCCACACCACUUAUAAAAUGUUCAUGGCAGCAGCAGGAAUGGAGGUCCUGAGCCUCCUGUUUUUCUGCAUCUACUGGGGCCAGUAUGCCACCGAUGGCGUUGGCAAUGAGAGUCUGAAGAUCCUGGCCAAGCUGUUCUUCUCCUCCAGCUUCCUCAUCUUCCUGCUGAUGCUCAUCCUCCUGGGGAAGGGAUUCACGGUGACACGGGGCCGCAUCAGCCACUCGGGCUCCGUGAAGCUGUCAGUCUACAUGACCCUGUACACCCUCACCCACGUGGUGCUGCUCAUCUACGAGGCUGAAUUCUUCGACCCGGGCCAGGUACUGUACACAUACGAGUCCCCCGCGGGCUAUGGGCUCAUCGGGCUGCAGGUGGCAGCCUACGUGUGGUUCUGCUAUGCCGUGCUCGUCUCCCUGCGCCACUUCCCCGAGAAGCAGCCUUUUUACGUGCCCUUCUUUGCUGCCUACACCCUCUGGUUCUUUGCAGUUCCCGUCAUGGCCCUGAUUGCCAACUUCGGGAUCCCCAAGUGGGCCCGGGAGAAGAUUGUCAAUGGCAUCCAGUUAGGGAUCCACUUGUAUGCCCACGGCGUGUUCCUGAUCAUGACGCGCCCUUCCGCGGCCAACAAGAACUUCCCGUACCACGUUCGCACGUCACAGAUCGCCUCGGCCGGGGCUCCGAGCCCGGGAGGGAGCCAGUCGGCGGCCAAGUCCUUCCCACAGCACGUCUAUGGGAACGUGACGUUCAUCAGCGACUCGGUGCCCAACUUCACGGAGCUCUUCUCCAUCCCCCCGCCCGCCUCCUCCGCCGGGAAGCAGGUGGAGGAGACGGCGGUGGCGGCGGCGGCAGCCCCGAGGGGCUGCGUGGUGACCAUGGCCGAGCCGGGCGCGGCCUCCCCGCCCUCUCCCGCCCGGCUCCCCAAGGCGACCAACCUGGGCUGGGAUGGCCCGACGCCGCCCUACCAGCCGCUCGUGCCCCAGACGGCGGCGCCGCACACCGGCUUCACCGAAUACUUCAGCAUGCACACGGCCGGGGGCACUGGCCCCCCGGUCUGAGCACCCCUGUCCGCCCCUGCCCCAUGGGCCGCGCGCCGGGUCCCGGCCGGGCUCCGGGCUGUCCCCCGUCCCCGUCCCGGGCUCCCGACCCCUCCCCACCCUGCGCGCCCAGGUGGGAAUGCGCUGCGUCCCACCCUGCCCCCCAACUCUUGUGCCAAACGGUCCCGCGGGAGCCGCUCUCCCCAUCCCCUCCCUCAGCCCCUGCCCCGAGCGGCGCCGGAUUCUGGGCUCCCGCUGUUCCGCGACCUCCGGCCCCCCGCCCCCCUCCGAGACCUCUGAGCCGGUCGGACCCCGGAUUCCCGCGACGACCGCUGGGACCUUGCCCGCGACUCUCCAGGACUCCGGAACCCGAGCUGCUGCUCCCGGGACUGUUAUAUUGAAGCUGGCCGGGACUCUGACAACCCUCCCGCGGAUCUCUGUGACUUCUAACCCGUGCUCUGUCCGCCCUGACCCUAUCACUGUCCUGGGUCCUUCCCUCAGGUCCCAGGCAGAAAGACUUUUUUUCCCUUCUUGCCAAAAUAAAGAGGAUUCGUUGAGUUUUUAUGCA